AUGGACUUGUUGGAUCACUACUGCUACGCAUGGCCGGUAGAUAUUGUGAUGCCCGAAGACGAAGCCUCCUCCGACGUGGACUUCAUUGUCGAGAUCGAAGCUACACAUACCUACGUGCUUCCCUCCGUGCUUGAAGAUGAUUCUGGUGAUUUUGAUAACCUUGACAGCGAGACGUUCCAGAAAACAUUCCGGGUAAAGCGCGAUGCUCUUCUUCAUGAAAGCACGUCCAGGUCUACCAUAUCCGGCAUGCUUUUCGAGGUUUGCGUUCCCUUAGGAAUUCAAGAAUUCAUGCUACAGAGAAUCUUGGCUUGCGCGAGUGACAUGGCGACACAAAAACUCUACGCCGGUCGAAAGGUUCUGAGGAUGCGUGUGGCGGUUGAGGUCACGGAGUGCAUGGAUGAAGUACUACCCGAUUUUGUUAAUGACGACGGUUACGUUUUGGGGUUGCCCUCGGACGACCAGGUUUGUGGGUUGGUACCGGCGAGUAAGUCGUCGAUUGAAGCGUUGGAGAAGGUGGAGAAUAUUGAAGGGAGGAGGGAGACGUGUAGUAUCUGUUUGGAAGAGCUCCUUAUUGCUCCGGCAGCCGCUCGCAUGCCCUGUUCGCACCUAUUUCAUCAAAACUGCAUCGUUAAUUGGUUGGAGAGGACUAAUUUCUGCCCGCUCUGUCGAUUCAAGUUGCCUCCCCGCCAAUGA